CAUAUAUUCAACCUUAUCUGGAGAUCGUGUAUCGUGUAUAUCAAAAUAUAUCUGUAAAAAAACUCGCGUGUCUAUUUGCUAUUAUGAUAUAAAUACAUAUACUUACAUUUACAUACAAAAAUAUACUUACAUUUUUUAAACGUUACAAGCUAUUUAGCCUCGGUAAGGCUCGCGCUAUCGGUCGGAAGAUUAAGGCAAUGAAAACACGUUCGAGGAAAAGAUCACGCAAGAUUUUUAAAAUAGACAGGUGUGUACUCACUUUUGUUUGGGGAAAAUCCAAGUUUCCGGAUGUGUUAUAAGCAUAACGAGACACUCAAAUAAGAUAUGAUGGAAAUAAAAUAAAAAAAACCUAAAUUAAAGACACGUAUUAACAUUAUAAAGUGUUCUUUAAAGUCUUUUGCGUAGUACAUACUGAGUGGCAGUGCGAAAUGAGAAUAACAUUCGUCGGCUAUGUUUUCGUGUUCAUUCACUGUAUUCAUGCUCGAUUUCGUGUGAAAAGGCAUUGUUCUAGUUUAUUACUUCUAAUAAAAGCGAGACUGUCUCACUUAUGAGUCCGGCCAAUCGCAGCCCACUGUGCGAGGCGAACGAAUCUCAUCCCGGCGUCACGAUAACAGACAUGGACACGGUGCAUGAAGAAAACGAUAAUGACAGUGAUGAAUCGUCGUACUCAGAUCUAGGUCGGCUCCGAGAGCGUACUAAAGCGAUGCUCGGAACCCCUGCAGAUCCGCUGAUCCAGCAUUCACACUCGCAGCCAAACAGCAGGAGAAUGUCCUCGGAUAUCGAAACUAAACAGCUAGCAGCCAAUCUCAAUACAAGACGUCCAUCCGCAAUUAUAGCAGCUUUCCGACGACCAUCGCAAGCAUUAGCGCUAUGUGCUGCCACACAACGUCGCUUCCUAUCUGAAUUGACACCGCAUUCGAGGGCAUCCAUGGCAUCUACAAUACAUGAGACAGCACCAUCGGCUGCGGAGAUUUUAGGGCAUGAAGCUUUAAGCAAAGCGUUGUCCGCUUUGUAUGCAAAGUUGCUCGUUGUGUUGGGCUUAGCUUUUCCAGUCACUGAAGUGAUAGCUAAGGGCGUGCCAGACGGAUAUUAUCAGGGAUUUUAUUUGUACCUGUAUUCAGUAUCAGUUCUAUUUGUCGUUUUUCAAUACGCAAAUAUAAUGCGACAGAAGGCGGUGACUAUGAUCAUAAGUAACUACGGUCCAGAUGGCGAAAAAGAAGACAAAGGUAGAACAACUCCAGCAGAAAAAUUAAAAAUAAAAGAAACUAUCUCUCGAUACGGAAGCUUUUAUUUGAGACUUGGUGCUAUCGCAUUCGGUAUAGGUUCGAUGGUGUACAGUGGCUUAGAAUUUGGGGAAUAUUUCGAGAUGACAGACCAAUGCCGUUCAAUACUGGCAGUCAUUACGCCAGCCCUAAGAAUGACUUUAACUUUAGCACAAAUGCAAUUUAUAUUCCUCACGAACAAAGACAUAGAGUUGGGAAGCCACAAGAUGAUCCAAAGAUUCGGUUUCAUGCACAUGUUGGCAACUAAUCUAUGCGAAUGGCUAUACGUGCUAGUUGAGGAAACUAAACAUGAAAUACAUCAUUUGGAGCACGCCAUGCUGUCUCCAGAAAAUACUACUCAUAACGUUACGGAAGAGAUAUCCUGUCGAAGAUCAAAUAUAAUGGGUGCUCUAUUACAACGUGCCUCACCAUUUCUCUUUCCUUGUACGAUAGAAUAUUCACUUAUCUGUGCGGUCAUUUUUUAUGAAAUGUGGAAAGAGAUAAAAUGUACACCGGAGGAUUUUGAAAAAAAAUUCCACGUCCCCAAAAAUAAAUCACGAAACAACUCCGUUACGCCGGAGAAAAUUUUGCAGCAGUUUGCUGGUAUGCUUGGUGUGAGCUCUCCACACGGCAGUCGCACCGCCCUACAUCACUUCUCUGUGGAUUGUUCGCACGCACACCGCGGACUCUCCGCUGGUGUUCUCAUCAUCGUCCUCACCAUUAUAUCGCUCAUCAUGUUCUUCGUAUUAGCUAACAACCCAGAUACUGUAAUCGAUGCUAUAUUUGAAGUUAAUGUUUGUGAGUUGGUUUUAUACACGAUGACAUUAAUAGCUGCCGGUGCCGCAUUAUUACAAAUGCGUGCUCUUCCUUAUAAAAGGAAAUCUCAAGCUGUAUUAGGUCUAGACACAUCACUACUGAUCUUGGCUCAGACCGGUAUGUUCGUGUACUGCAUGUUCAGUUUGAUCGGAUGUCAUCAUACUAUGAACAGCAAUAACAGUUCCGGGUAUACUGGUUUCUUCUCAGAGUUCUUAUCUCUCAUACAGACAAUACUGCAGUCUUUAUUUAUCAUCGAUGCUUGGUGGCGGCGAUGCAGCAAUUCAGAGCAACGGCGAGCGAAGCCGGGACGACAAUUAGUCACAUUCUUGCUCGUGGCAAACAUGGCGAUGUGGACCAUCAAUACACUAGAAAAGAAUAGAGCCGAGUUUCGUCCAGCACAUCUGGCUUUCUACGGACCUUGGGCGUGGACAAUAAUCACGCAUGUUUCGAUGCCUCUCGCCAUUUUCUACCGCUUCCACUCCACUAUUUGUCUAUUCGAGAUAUGGAAGAAUUGUUUCAAAAACAAACCAAUAUACUUAAAUGUUUAGUAGAAAAUACUGUACGGAAGUCAAUGCGAAAGAUGCAAUUAUAAAUUAUUGAUAAUACCCCGAAAUAAAUGCUUGUUGGAAAAAAAAAA